AUGCAUUUCACCACCACCCUCAUGGUCGCAGCCACCGCGCUCGCAUCCUUGGCCGCAGCCAACUCGGUCCACUUCGUCAACCAAGACAGCACCCGCCGCACCGUCGUCUUCACCGCUCAGGAGCAGGGCGAGGGCAACGGGGUGGCCAUCCCGUCCAUCACCAUCGAGGGUAACGGAACUGCCGACCAGGAGUUCCCAGAAGGCUGGAUCGGUAACUGGUAUACCGUGAGCGAGGGCGCCAAAGAUGUCCCUGGCAUGCUCGGCGAGGUUCGCUUCAACGGCUACAACGACGCCACCUUCUUCGAUGUCUCGGCCAUCGUCAACCCCAACGAUGUCAACGGUGUCAAGAUGGUCUACCCAGCCAGCUCCCAGCUGCCGGUCUCCGGCUGCCAAACCUUCCCUUGCGCCAACGCCUACAACCUGCCGGAUGACAUCGCCACCCUCAGCACGAAUGAGAAGAACCUAGUCUCCUUGAUCGGCAACAAGGAGAACAAGAAGCGCGGCAUCAACUCCCGAGUCAACCGUGCUUACCUCACCACAUAA